CAAAAGAAAGGCUGCCCCUUUCUCUCUUCUCUCUCUUUCUCACUCCACCUAUACGUACAGCUGUGUGUAUAUAUAUAUAGAGAGAGAAAGAGGGAAGUACAGCACCUCUUGCUCAUAUGGAGACGUGUUGGCUGGCGCAGGCAAGCAGCUAUGCGUUGCUGACCUAACGACGCUCUCGCUUCUCUUGUUUGCUUCUUUAAUUGGGGAUUUUUGCGGCCGUUCUUCCGCGAAUUCUCACUCAUAGAGACGUAGUCUGUAAUUUGUCGCGUUGUUUCUGCUUUAUUGGAGGGUUUGAUCGGUCAGCUGGGGGUUGGGGGGGUUGAAUUGGACGGAUUUGGAGUCGGAUUUGGAGCGGCGGAGAGGUUUAUCGAACAUGAAAAGGGCGAAUUCGGACCUCCUGUUUUCGCUGAGUCGGCAGAGAUCAGUCCGUUUGCUGAUUGUGUUGGGGAUUCUGUACCUUAUUUUGGUGAUUUUCGAGUUUCCGUUCGUGUUAUUCGGUUCGGUGUCGCAGGAAGGGUUGUUCGGGAGCAGCAACGGAUUGUCGCAUUCGAAUUCGUUUUUGGUGGAGAGUGAAAGCAGUUUGGGGAGGAAGAAGAGCCGUCCGAUCGAUUUUCCGCAGAAAUCCAGGCCGGAGAGGAAGAUCAAGGAGGUCGGUAGAACGCCUCUGUCUGGAUUGAAUUUCAGCGCCGGCAUUGCUAAUUUGGGGGUGGAGAGUGGAAUUUCGAGCUCCGCGAAGUAUGCGCUCAAUCUCGGCAGCAAGGUGUGGCGCGAGCUCGAAUCGAUGGAUAUGAACGUCACGAAUUCGGAAUUCGGAAGUUCCGCAAACCUCAACCGCAGCAAUUCUGAGCUCUGUCCACACUCGAUUUCGAUAAACGGCGAUGAAUUCUCGAAGAAGGGGAGAGUGAUGGUGCUUCCCUGUGGACUGACGUUAGGUUCGCACAUAACUGUUGUAGGGAUUCCGAGAGCAGCUCAUCCCGAAACGGACCCGAAGAUCUCGUUGCUGAAUGAAGGUCAGUAUGUGAUGGUUUCGCAGUUCAUGAUGGAGCUGCAGGGGCUGAAGACGGUGGAAGGUGAAGAUCCACCGAGAAUCCUCCAUUUUAAUCCUCGAUUGAAAGGAGAUUGGAGCGGGAAGCCUGUGAUUGAGCAGAACACCUGUUACAGGAUGCAGUGGGGGACAUCCCAAAGGUGCGAGGGGUGGCGGUCCCGCGCCGACGAAGAGACAGUUGAUGGUUUGGUGAAAUGCGACAAGUGGAUACGGGAUGAUGACAAUGGGUCGGAGGAAUCGAAAGCUACAUGGUGGCUAAAGCGAUUAAUAGGACGGACUAAUAAGGUCUCGAUCGAUUGGCCGUUCCCUUUCGCCGAAGGAAAGUUAUUUGUGCUGACUCUUAGCGCCGGUUUGGAAGGCUACCAUGUCAGCGUCGACGGGAGACAUGUCACCUCGUUCCCAUAUCGUACCGGUUUUACGCUCGAGGACGCCACCGGAUUAUCGUUGAAUGGAGAUGUCGAUGCGCAUUCGAUCUUCGCGGCUUCGCUCCCAACUACGCACCCCAGUUUUGCUCCUCAGAGACAUCUCGAUUUGUCCGAAAUAUGGAAAGCACCUCCUGUUAGCAACGGGCAGGUCGAGCUGUUCAUCGGCAUUCUGUCGGCUGGCAACCACUUUGCUGAAAGGAUGGCUGUGAGGAAGUCUUGGAUGCAGCACAAGCUUAUCAAAUCUUCGAAUGUGGUUGCUCGUUUCUUCGUCGCAUUGCAUGCGAGGAAGGAGGUGAAUAUAGAGGUAAAGAAGGAAGCCGAGUUUUUCGAAGACAUUGUAAUAGUUCCGUACAUGGACAAUUACGACCUCGUCGUGCUGAAAACCGUUGCCAUCUUCGACUACGGGGUGCGGACUCUAUCCGCAAAGUACAUAAUGAAGGGCGACGAUGACACGUUCGUGAGAGUUGAUGCAAUCAUCAGCGAGGCGAAGAAAGUCCCGGCAGGCAAGAGUCUGUACAUCGGAAACAUAAAUUACUAUCACAAGCCUUUGCGCAGUGGUAAAUGGUCUGUUACGUAUGAGGAAUGGCCGGAGGAAGAAUACCCACCAUACGCCAACGGGCCAGGCUACAUUGUGUCGUCCGACAUUGCGCGUCCUAUUCUUGCCGACUUUGAGAGCAACAAAUUACGGCUGUUCAAAAUGGAAGACGUGAGCGUAGGAAUGUGGGUCGAGAAGGUGAACAGCACCCGGCCCGUGGAGUACGUCCACAGCUUGAAGUUCUGCCAGUUCGGGUGCAUCGACGACUACAUAACCGCGCAUUACCAGUCCCCUCGACAGAUGAUCUGUCUCUGGAACAAACUCGAGAAGCAAGGCAGGCCGUCGUGCUGCAAUGUGAGAUGACACUCGGCUAUUAUUAUUAUUACGAUUGAUUGAUCACCGACAGUAUCGACAACCACAGAGCUUCUUCGACCUCUCUCUGCCUGGAAACAAUCGGAUGGACAAAUUUUGCAGCGAUAGUGUUAUCUAAGCCUCCGGAUGCGCGCGACUGCGAACACUUCUUGGAGGGACGCCGGUAAGUCUUUCUUGAAACGUCGUGUUUUUCGUUUACUUGGUGUUCGAGGAGUGUCGGAGCUGUGUUCAUCCGAGGAUGGAAGUAUAUAUAUAUACAUAUAUCUAUAGUUAUAUAUAUAUAUAUCUAUAUAUAGAUAUAUGUAUGUUCUAUGAAUCUCAAAUGUUUUUGUUGUUUUAGGUCUUUUGAUUUUGUUUGCUGGGAUAAUUUGAAGGGAUAUAUAUAUAUAUAUAUAGAAGUGUACAGUUUGGGAUCGGAAUAUGAUGGUUUUAUUUGGAAUUUAAGUAGUUUACAGGAAUAUUUUCAUGCGCUAGAGCUAUUAAAUGGAGCA